AUGGAUGUGAGCAGUGAACGAGACGCUCGCAAUCGCUUGUGUCGCCUCUUGAACACUCUAGUAGUGUUGGACAACAACAGCAACAACCACAAAUCGAACCACAAGAGUACCAAAAUUACGUCUCAAAUCGCCGAACUCGUAUUGGAAUAUCCUCGCUUGACGUUGGAGUAUGUGCGGCAUCACCGCAGUGGAGACGAACUCACCAUUCUGGGGUUUUAUUUACAGUCUUCUACUGUUGCCGAUUCGACGAUUGAAGAAUUUUGUCGCGUCUUUCCCAAAUUAUUGACGAUCGAAUGCAACCAGGACCAACCGGGGAGACUUCCGUUGCAUGCCAUUUGUGGGUUGGGCAUGCAACGACGAUCCUUGAUUCCCGUAGUGUGCAGUCUGUCGCCGCAAGCCACUUCCAAACGAGAUCAGUUCAACAAUCUCCCCAUUCACAUUUACUUUCUCAAUCAUCGUCAUGAACAAUUGGAAACUCAAAACCGACAGCAAGACGUAGUAGUAGAAGAAGAUGACAAUGAGGAUGAUCCACAACCACAACAACAGCAACAAGAUCCAUCUGUACGGGCCGAACUUUCCGCAUUGAUUGAAGCCUAUCCAGAAGGAGUCUUUUGUGGUUCUCAAAUGGGACUUCAACCAAUCCAAUACAUCCUUUCCGACAACAAUCUACUAUUGACACAUCAAGAACAACAACAAAGAACUAUAUUUACCGAUACCUUUCACAGUCUCUCCAAUGUACAAAUCACCAGUCAACUCUUUCUGCCAUAUGUUGCUGCCGAAAGCUUGGGAAUUCCGCAGGCCAAUCUCUUGACGCAGUUUCUACAGCGCGUCCAACGACUCAAUUUUAGACCCAUCGGAUGGCCUUUUACACCCGAAGGAUGGGUCCAAUUCAUGGCCAGUUUAUCGACGUAUACCGAACUCGAACAGUUGGAAAUUACGAUUCCCUAUUACUUGUUGGAGAAUCACGAGGAAUGUUAUCAAGUCGUCGUGGAGACAUUGCCGCAACUACUAACGUUGGAAUCGUUGAUUCUCUGUUUUCCAACCAAUGUCCCACCGUUGCGACGGGCGGUGCGCAAUGACAAUGACGACGAUACUACGACUACUCAUGUGGCCGACAUGGCCGUGCCCAUUGCGGCACUCCUACAACAACAGCAUAACAACAACCACAACCACAAUUUGCAAGAACUCAUUGUCCGAGAUGGCAUUGACAUGGACCCGACACUGAUUCUACAAGCGGUUGCAAACAACAACAACCACAACAACAACAACAACAACCACAGCCAUCAUUUAAAAAUACUCGAUAUUCGAUCCGUACGCAACAACUUUAACGUCGCACAACCGCUGGCACACUUGUUGCAGCACUCGCGACUCGAAUCAUUGGCCAUGAGAUACAUUACCAUGGAACCACGACGCGUUGUCUUUCAAGCAUUGGCCGGCAACACACAUCUCAAAUCAAUUCGUCUUCCCGGGCUGGUGGAAUCCACAACAUCUGCAGCGCAACAAGAAGAGGACCAUUUCAGCCGCUUGUCAUUGGUAUUGCAACACUACAAUGCCACAUUACAAGAAGUGCAGUGCUUGGGAGCGUCCUUUCAGGAUGUGUCGGGAAAGGAACAUGCCCAAGUUCAACAAUACGCAUUGCUGAAUCGACAUGGAAGAGUGCACGUGCGACGGGAAUCGUGUUCGUGUCACGAUGUUCUCAAACUCGUGCAGCACGUCAGAGUUGCGGAUUCUCAAAAACAAUUGUCCAUUGUGUAUGGGCUCUUGCGAGAGGCUCCUGUGCAUUGGUGUUGUCUUUCUUCGAAUUGA